AGCGUUGUUAUGUUUCCAAACCAGGAAGUGGUUGUCAGCGUGCUGCUGCGUAGUUUCACCUUUAAUCGGUUUAUUAUCGACCUGUAAGUUGUGUUUAACAGGACAAACGUGCAUGUGAAGUUGUUCUUUGGCGAGAAAAAGCUCGUUAACAUCUGUUACACUUCUGUCUGCUCAUGAAGUCAUGGGAUCGAUGUGGGUGCUGACUUCCUUCAGUUCAGGGUAGAUCACUGUGGCCUCUUCUGUUCCAGGAGUUUGGAUCCAGCUGGAUGUUGAGCGUUCGGGCUCUGUUUGGGAUCGGAUUCCUGGUGACCUCAAGGGCCGCGACAGUCCUCGCUCAGACAGGGACAUGUUCGCUGUCCGCAGCGGCUAACAACCACAAGAAGGACUGUUUCAGCAGCAGAGCAGCGUCCACCAUGGCCCAGACCAUCAAAUAUCUCGGGCAGGAGGAGGCCCAGCACAUUGAUGAGGAGCUCUUCAGUGAGUACGGCUUCAGUGUGGACCAGCUGAUGGAGCUGGCUGGACUCAGCUGUGCCACAGCCAUCGCCAGGGCGUAUCCGGUUACUUCCCUCGUCAAGGCCCGACCUACUCUGCUGGUGAUUUGUGGACCAGGUAACAACGGAGGCGACGGCCUGGUCUGUGCCCGACAUCUUAAACUCUUUGGUUACGAGCCGACCAUCCUCUACCCGAAGAGGCCAAACAAACCUCUGUUCCAGGGCCUGACCACACAGUGCCAGAAAAUGGAGAUCCCCUUCCUGACUGAGAUGCCUGAGGCUAAAGUGAUUGACGAGGCUUACAACCUGGUGAUAGACGCCAUCUUCGGCUUCAGCUUCAAGGGGGCUGUACGAGAGCCUUUUGGUUCCAUCCUCAACGUGCUGAAGAAGACGACAGUCCCCUUAGCUAGCAUCGACAUCCCGUCAGGUUGGGAUGUGGAGCAGGGCAGUGCAGACGGACUGCAGCCCGACUUGCUCAUCUCUCUCACUGCUCCCAAGAAGUCGGCCUCCCUCUUUAGAGGACGUUACCACUUCCUGGGAGGCCGCUUUGUGCCACCGGGCCUAGAGAGGAAGUACCAACUCAACCUUCCUCAGUACCCCGACACGGACUGUGUGCUACAACUGUAGGGGGACGUAGGGGCGAUGAGAUUUAUCAGUGUCGUCUUUUAAAGGAAUAUUUCAACAUUUUGGGGAGAAAAAUUACCACAAACAUAGUUUUUAUGUCUGUGAUAAUUGAGCUUGAGUGUGGCGGCUGAUCUGGCCGGGGUCACAAUCACAACCUUUUCAUCUACUAUGGGGCAGGUUUGAUACGAUGACUGUACAGAGCAGCUACGUUCAGCUCAGCGCGACGUCGCCUUUUGUUGCUCUGAUUGGUUGUACGUCUGUCCACCUGCAUCCAGAGGCAGUUAGGGCUACACCCGUCGAUAACGCCCCCUGGAAAUAAAUAAAAAAUGAACUGAGAGCUUCCUUUGCCAGAUACGGUACCACCAUGUCUGUGCAGAGACCUGCACUUAAAACUAUCUGGCAGAUACAUCGUGGUCAUUUGUAAUCGUUAGAGGAGCUGGUUGCCAUAUUUUUUAACUUUAAACAGAGCCUGCUUCCAGUCUUCAUGCUAAGACUCAGCACACAGCCAUCAGAGCGGUAUCAAUCUUCACAUCUCACCUUCUGGGGUGGAAAUAAAUCAAAUAAUUAUGCUCCCCUAAAUGUUGAACUGUUCCUUUUAAAUCAGGGAAUUUGAUUGGUUCCCAUUGUUGUGGAGGAUGAUGGAAGCUGUAAAUCCACUAAGGUGAAUAAAAUAACUAUUUCAGCUCUAACAUGGUGUUUGCUUCGGCUACAUGAAAAAAAUAAAUAAAUAAAUACCGGAA